ACAUCCAUCGACUACAUGGAUGGCUCAACAUCCGUCAGAAUAGACCACAGCAAGCACUGUUGGAAAACCUCUAAAUCAACAUGGAUUGCGUUAAAUUGGACCUCUCCGAUAUAUUAGACACAAAUAAUAUCAUUAUAACGUAAAGGUUUGUCCUAUAGCCGUCAAUUUCGGUUGCAGAUACCACCAUUUCGGUUUAUUUCGCGGUGUCCUGAUCUUAUAAGCUGUUAGUUGUUUUUAAUUAAUAGAUACAUAUAUUAAAAAGGGCGCUCAAUAAUAGAGUUUAUUUCAUUUGAUAUUAUUUUACCAACCGGCAUAGUUCCAGCAAUGGCAGAUGCGGAGUUGCAAACCUUUACAUCCAUAAUGGACGCUCUCGUGCGCAUCAGCUCCAAUAUGAAGAGCAUAAAGAGAGAGCUGCACUGUCCAGUGUGUGAGGAGAUGGUCAAGCAGCCGAUAGUGUUGCCUUGUAUGCACAGUGUGUGUGUACUGUGUGCGGCAGAAGUCUUGGUUCAAAGAGGAUACCCUCCACCCGAACUCCCCGCAGAGCCCAAAACUCCCACCUCAAGCCCCAUCACGCGCUCUCCCCGACAAACACGCCGGCCUCCGCCCAAAACAGACCGACUAGACCGGGUGAUCAGAACAGUGUGUGGGACACAUCCAGGACGCAGGCGUAAAGACACCCCUCCUGUGAUCAUGCUGUUCCCCUGUCCCACCUGCGGAAAAGAUGUGGAGCUAGGAGAGAGAGGGCUUGCAGAUUGUUUAAGAAACCUCACGCUGGAGCGUAUAGUGGAGAGGUACAGGCACACAGUGAGUCUCGGCAGCAUGGCAGUCAUGUGCCAGUUCUGCAAACCUCCUCAGGCUCUGGAGGCCACCAAAGGCUGCGCUGAUUGCAGGUCCAACUUCUGUAACGAGUGCUUCAAGCUGUACCACCCUUGGGGCACACCGCGAGCCCAACAUGAACACAUUCUGCCCACACACAGCUUCAGACCCAAGCCUCUUCACAACGUGGCUGCUACACCAGAGCCAGUCCACAAGAUGGACACCAGUCCAGAGCUUCUUCACAAGAUGGCCGCCAGCCCAGAGUCUCUCCACAAGAUGGCCGCCAGCCCAGAGCCUCUCCACAAGAUGGCCGCCACGCCAGACUCUCCAGCCAUCAUGGCUGCCACUCCAGUGUUCCCGUCCGUCAUGAACAUUGCACUUGAAGCUAGUAAGGCAGUGCCUUGGCAACCGAGACUGAUGUCCAGUGUGGCGGACCCACCUAUGAUGUCAGUGCGAGUGGCAGGCAUCCCGUGUGUCUGGGCUAUACACACUUCUGAGACGGCAGUGUCCGCUCCAGUCCUUGAAUCCACUCCAGAGGCCGCUCCAGUCCAUGAAUCCACUCCAGAGCUCACUCAAGCCCCAAAGCUCAGUCCUUUGUUGCCAGCAUCAUGUGAGUUCCCUGCCUGUCCUGUCACGGCCAAGAGGACCGUCCCUGAACUCUCUGCCUGCCCUGUCAUGGCCAAGGAGACUGUCUCUGCCGUCCCUGAAUCCCUUGUCUGCCCUGUCACUGCCAAGGAGGUUGUUCCGCUCCUUUUGCUCUGCCCUGGUGGUCUUCAGCUCCGCUGGCUCUACCCUGGUGGCCUCCUGCUCUGCCGGCUCUGCCCUGGUGGCCUCCUGCUCUUCCGGCUCCAGUUCCUCUUCCUGUCCAUGGAUACUGUGUCUAGAUCCUCAACCUUUGUGUAUCUGUGCAGUUUCAUGUCAAUUCUCCAUGUUGUGAAAUCACAGGAGAAGAUCACCAAGGAGAUGAACUAUGUCUUCGCCAAUCAGGAUUCUGUACAGGCACAGAUCACCCAAGUAGAGAGUGGCAUCGCUCAGACUGAGGUGAACAGCGCAGUGGCUAAGGAGCAGUUGAAUCAGUGUGUGAGUGAAUUGCGCAGUGUGCUGGCGGAGCGUCAGGGGGCCUUAGCCAUGUUGCUGGAAGGGGCUCGUGCACAGCGGGCAGGGGCUCUGAAUGCACAGCUCUCUAAAAAACAGAGUCUUUUGGAGAACGCAGGGCUGCUCACAUACACUCAAGAGCUGCUUAAGGAAACUGACCAGUCGUGCUUUGUGCAGGCUGCCAGAGUCACGCACAACAGACUGGUAAAAGCAAUAGAAAAUCAACAGCAUUUCUCUCUAUCUGCUGAUCCCUCGUUCCGACACUUUCAGAUGGACGUCUCCAGAGAACUCAAAGCGCUCAGCAGCAUGGACUUUAUACAAGCCCCAUUGGCUCCUGUGAUUGACACUCAAAAGACCUUGGCCUAUGACCAGCUCUAUUUGUGCUGGCGUCUCCCACAGGACUCCGCCCCUGCCUGGCACUACUCAGUGGAGUAUCUGAGGAAAGUGGGCGGAGCUGGAGCAUUAUGGGGCAGAGUCUUGUCUGAAGGAAGCUCGGGAAGUAAUGACACACACUGUUCAUGGCAGCGUCUCGAUGAUGUGGGCGGGACCAGUGCAGUGAUUGAUAAGCUAGAGAUGGACAGUGUGUAUGUCCUGAGAGUUCGAGGCUGUAAUAAGGCAGGGUUUGGAGAGUACAGUGAGGAGGUGUAUCUACACACACCUCCUGCACCAGUGUUGUCGUUCUGCCUGGAUUCGCGCUGGGGCCUACAUGCGGAGCGGGUGGCGCUGGGAAAAGGGCAGACAUACGCCCGGAGUGUUCCUGGGAUGACUCUGUUGCAGGCUGCUGAUCGGGCUCUUACCUCAUGUCACCUCACCUCUGACCUCCUUGUGGCUGAUGUUUCCAUCACACAGGGACGACACUACUGGGCAUGCUCAGUGGAGCCUGGCUCCUACCUGGUUAAGGUGGGAGUGGGUGUUGAAGCAAAACUGCAGGAGUGGUUCCAUCUUCCACAAGACAUGGCAAGUCCACGGUACGAUCCAGAUAGUGGUCAUGACAGUGGCGCAGAGGACACCCAGGACUGUCCUCCUCCAUUCUGUUUCCUCACAAUGGGCAUGGGCAAGAUCUUACUACCCAAAUGUGGGGUGUCUAACACUUCUACUGGCCCCCUCACUGCCCCCUUACCACCUCGCCUCGGACUGUGUCUGGACUUUGAGAAGGGGCGGCUCACUUUUUACGACGCACACUCUUUGCGAGUGCUGUGGGAGGGGACUGUUGAUUGCUCCGCCCCUGUUUGCCCAGCAUUCUGUUUUAUUGGUGGAGGUGCUCUGCAGCUGCAAGAGCUAAUAGCCAAUCGCAGUACAGAGCAGAACCCACCAAGAAGAGUGACCAUCCAAACACGUGCCACCGAUGCGGGUCACUAAACCGUCUGAUCGCUUUGAAACUAGUCAAAUCAGCACCUUUAAGCAAAUCUUCUUUUAUCGUUUUCUAUAGAUUUUGUUUACCUGCUUAUUUCGUAGCUAAUGAUGCAAUGAUUGAUGUUAUUUUAUAUUAAGAUUAAUUUCAUUUCAAAGGAUAGACAUUAAAAAGUGGUUAUGGAUGCUAACAACAUGUAGCAUGCUAACAACAUGUAGGUCAAUAUUAAAUAACGAGGAAUUGUGUGUUUUUAUGGCCACAAAAUAAAAAAUUAAAAUCAUGUAUGAUUCAGGUUCACUCAUAACACAUUCAUUUUGAACAUUCUUGUAAAAGCAAAUGAUUCCUCGCUAUUUUCAAACUCGUUUUCCAGCAUUGUUAGCAUGCGCACCGCCCACUAUGGGUGUGCUAAUAGUAAAAACCUUGAUUUAUUUAUUAACAGUGUAUGUGCUCCUUACAGGAAUGCUGCAAUGCCUUGAAAUGUGAUCACGUUGCAAUUCAAAUCCACAGUAGUUCCCAAUGUCCUUGAAUUGUCUUGCUACUUUGAGGUUCAACCAAGAUGUGAAACAUUUGGUUGGACAUUUUGUAUUGGUGUCAGUACAUGUCCUGUGCAUAGAGACCUUGUCUGUUUGGUUUGUUUGGGCCUUAGGCUGAUGGAAGCCUUUAGUAAGCGAAACUAAAAGAACAACCGUGUAAUGAAAAGAACCUGCUUUUGUGAGAUCUCUACAGGUGCCUGCUCUAAUGUUACACAACCCACUUUCCCAUUUGAAUGUCUUAAAUAAUAAUCUCCAAAACAAAACAGUCUGACACACCUCAUACGUCUUUUAGGCUUUUUAUGUUAUGGUCAUGUUUUUUUUUCUUUUUCUUUUUGCGGACUGGGUAUGGUGAGAACAAAUUAGUGGGUGAAGUUUAAUUUCAGAAAUGGAUGCUGCUUAUGACUGUGCAACUGUCAGUCAUUGGAGUGUGUGUUGUUAAAAGGAAAUUUUUUAAUUGUAUACUGAAUGUCAGUUGUAUUUAUUGUGUGUGUGUGUGUGUGUGUGUGAGUGUGUGAUAUGUUAUUGCAAUAAAGACAGUUGCUGAAAGCUCUGGUUUUGGCCAUGUUUUCUGCUGUUUGGACGCAUUGUUGCAGAUUCAGGUCUCGUUGUGUGAAUUUAUAUUGAUGUUGAGGAUAUUAUGUAGCAUUUAUUAAACAUGCUGGUCCUUGGA